CCAUUUUGAAGCUUCAAAAUGCUAUGUUGUGGUUUGAUAAUUGAACGUGCCGAACGUGAGUCAAUUCCGGUUCCUUUGAUUGGGGUUUCGGUUCAGGCUCGAAUCGUCGAUUUGGUUGCCGAGGUCACCAUUGAGCAACGAUAUGUCAACAAGGAAAAUCAACCCAUUGAAGCAGUUUAUCUCUUUCCUCUUGAUGAAGGGGCUGGAGUUUCUAAGUUCACUGCCGAAGUAGAUGGGCGUGUAAUCGAAGGUGUCGUAAAGGAAACGGAACAAGCUAAAACCGAUUAUGACGAAGCAAUUAAGAGCGGACACUCGGCAUUUUUAGUUGAAGAAAAAUUGCCGGAUGUCUUCAAGGCUAAAGUUGGUAAUUUGGCACCUGGAUCUGGAGCCAAAAUCCGCUUGACUUACGUCACAGAAUUAAAAGUAGAGGGUAAAGAAAUUCGGUUUUACUUACCGACUACAAUCGCUCCUCGUUACAUUCCUCCGACCGAUAAAUCCAGCACUGCAGCCGAUUUAGCUACAAUCAAAUACUCAACGGAAUCGAAUUAUCAAGUGGAUUUUAACGCAACUGUGCAAAUGGCUUCAGCCAUCACAGAAAUUCGCUCUCCAACCCACAAAAUCGCUGUUACUAUAGAGACGCUGUCAAUAAGCCUAAAUAUGGGACAUUACGAUUCGACAAUUUGCCGAGCCAAACCAAAAUCACCAAAGGGUACUACUGCAUUAAUGCUAAGCUUAGUUCCCAGCUUCAAGUUGACCGAACAGAAGACAGAGUUGAUAUUUCUUGUGGACCGUUCGGGUUCUAUGGGUGGAUCAGGGAUAAAUCAGGCUAAACAGGCACUACAGCUUUUUCUCCAUUCACUACCUUUGGACUGCUACGUUAACAUUGCGGGUUUCGGAUCUUCGUACAAAGAACUUUUCCCCGCAAGCAGGAAAUAUGAUGAAUCCGUACUAAACCUGACCAAGCAGCAUGUUGACAGCAUCGAUGCCAAUUUAGUCGGUACUGAAAUAUUUCAUCCGUUGGAAACGAUUUUCAAGAAACCAUCCAUCGAAGGCUACUUUCGGCAAAUAUUUGUUCUAACGGAUGGAGAGGUCUCCAACGCAGAUGAAAUCUUGGGCCUAAUCCGCCGUCAAAAUGGGCAAGCGCGAGUUUUCGCCUUAGGUUUGGGGAGUAGCGCCAGCCAUUAUUUGGUUGAAGGCAUGGCACGAGCUGGUAAUGGAACUGCCCUAUUUGCGUCACUGGAAGAACGCCUGGAAAAGAAAGUCAUGCAACAGCUCCAGGACUCUUUGCAGCCAGCCCUUUCAGAUAUCAAAAUCAAAUGGGAUGGUCACGAGGAAACUGAGCAAAAGUUGGCUACUGCCAACGCUGUACCCGUUCAAACGGAAAAGACUUUGAUGGGAUUCGGUUAACCGCUGGAAUCUGGGACGCCUGUUCCUACCGAGAAACCGCAACUGAAAUUCCGCCAAGCACCAACCGCCGAUAUGGUUCCUGCAGUUUUUGACGGGAAGCAUCUGAUUGUGUACGCUCUUCUGACAGAAGAUGCUCACGUGCCAAAAUGGGCUGAAGUUAUUGAAAAAUCUCCUGUGGGUCCCCUAACGUUGAAAGUCCAUUUGAACGAAUCCAAUUCAGAGGAAGGACAACUUAUUCAUUGUUUAGCGGCAAAGAAAUUGAUCCAGGCCCGACAAGACAGUGAAGGGGAUCCCGAUUCGAUUGAAGAUUCCAAGUCGACUGAGACUAAACAAGAAAUUAUUCAACUAGGCUGUCAAUACGGUUUGGCGUCUCGAUACACUUCUUAUGUUGCCGUUGAUCCCAAAGAGCAGAAGGAACUGAAGGAAUCCUGGAUGAUGAUGAAGUCGCGUGACGUUCCUGUUCAGUUAGCUCACGCUUGCGGUGGUUAUCAAGCCCUUGGAGCUUCUUCAGGUG